AUGAUUGGACGAUCAGGAUUGUUUGCCGAUAUUAUGUGCCCUUAUGAUGAGGAUUGCAUUAGACCACAUUGCCAUUUUUGGCAUUCUAAAGACGACAUAUCACAACAAGAACAACAGUCCUCCGUGUCAUUGAUGUCAGCAACUCUACCUGAGCAACCAUUUGUGGGCUAUGUUGGUUAUAUGGAGAACCAAAAAACAACCAUCGAAACAACUAUGCCACUUUGCAGUCAGUCUAUUUACGCUCCUCUGGAUCCAGUCGUAUACACGCAGCGGCCAUCAACAUCGGCUGUACAGCAGUCCAGUGUCACUUACGUUCCUACAAAAAUCACUGCACGGCCGAUGUGUAAACGAAUGCCUUCACCGGAAAUCCCGAAACCAAGAAUGCCAGUGGAAUUAUCAGUAGAUGACAUAUUGGAUCCCGCUAAUGACAAGCCGAAAACUUCUGUUGCUCCAUCUAUCAAUAAUUUGAGUUUAAUUGAAAAUACUAAGGUAUCUGAAAUGAGCCUGAAUGAUUAUGCGAAAUCAGUAGCUGAUAUUGAUACACGAAUCGAAGAAUUACAGCGAAAGAUCGAAAUUGAACGUCAGCAGAAGGAAAAGAUAGUUCACGAUAUUAGAGCACUGGUUAAGCCACCAGCUGCUGUUAAUUCAGACUCUCUAACUCCAAAGAAACAUUCAGGUUUGAACUCGAAAUCGAAACUAACCUAUACAGGUGGUUACACACCAACACCAAUCGCUUUGUUGAAGUCAGUGCAAAAAGCCAAAAAUGAAGCUCGACAAAAGAAAAAAUCAAAAACUGAGGAGAGCGAUAAUGAAAAAGAGGAUGUGGUAAACUUGAAAAACAAAGUAAAAGGAGGGAAAAUGAAAGACAAAAACAAAAAUGUGAAAGUGAAAGAAGUUACGAAUGUAGAGGCAAGUAAGCUGCGCGUGGCAUUAAAACAGCAACAGUCAACUGAAGGAAAAACACAAUCAGUAGCAAAAAAGAAACUUGACGAACAACUUUCUAUCGAAGAUCUUUUCGAGACCGGUGUACCAGCUACAAAAAAGCAAAGGAAUAUCGACAAUGAUGUGAAAUCAAAAGCAGGCAAUCUUCCUGAAAAAAUGGAGAAACAAAAAGAAAUAGAAAUCAAGAUGGAAGUGGAAAAGCGAAUAACACAUAGUAGCGUGCAGCCGACUAUACAAAUGUGUGUGACCGCAACCAAAGUCCGUGCACCUACAAUGGCUCAGCAACUGAUGAAUCGCUACCAAAAGCUGCAGAAAGAAAAAGAGGAAUUGUUGAAGAACAUGAAACUCAAAGAAGAAGUAAAAGCCAAGAAGAUUACAACAGCUGAAGAAAAGUAUGAUUAUAAAUUGGGCGCAGUAGCGGCAACUCUCGGUAAAGGCGAAAAACGAAUGGCACAUGCUCCAAAAAUAUCGAAAUCCACCAAAGUAAAUUUAGUACCACUAGAUCCAUAUUCUUGUGGUAAAGUCCCAUACGCUUUACGUGCCCGUUAUUUAAGUUUGUUUUACAUCGAAUGUCAGAAAUUUUGUGGUUCGAUGAGUGAUGCCGUAGUUCAGGCUCAACAAGAAGAAAAAACAAUAAAGGAUCGAGCUGUGACAAAGGGCGGCUAUACAAGUGCUGCAGUGAAUGUUCUACGACGUUUGCGUGAUGUUAAUUCACCACAAGUUGCAGCAUUAAAAUCUGUGUCACAUUCAGCUAUCCUUGCUGGACGUCAUCACGGAUCCAUCACAGUUGGUCAGAGAAAGUAUUCAGCUCCUAGGAAACAAUCCGUUAGUGAAAGUGAAUUCUACGGGUUGCUGCUUUCGAAGUUUGUUUUAGACGAGCAAAAAUUAGAACAAAAUGGUUUUCCUUUAUGGGAAGGCCCUGAUAAAAAAAGGGUGAAGAUCAAAACAUCCGAAUUAGAUUGUAAAAAGAAAUUGUUUGUAGAAGAAAGUGAUCUGAAAAGGAUAUGUUGUCGUUGUGGCGCUGAAUUUUCUGUUACACCGAAAGGUGAAUAUGCUGCACUGAAGCAGUGUGUAUACCACUGGGGAAAAGCAUUUAAAACAAAAACUCGCGGACUAUGGGAAUCUAGAUAUAAUUGCUGUCAGUCGGACCUUGGUGUAGCUGGGUGUUGCGUAGCUGAUUGUCAUGUCACUGAUACUGCUCCAAAGUCAGUGUUGGAAACCUAUCGAGAGACACCACCACCGUCGGGACCAAAAGAUGAAAGAAGCAGGAAAGUGUAUGCAUUUGAUUGUGAAAUGGUGUAUACAACUUGGGGUACCAGUUUAGCCCGAAUAUCAGUAGUCGAUGUAAACGAUAAGCUGGUGAUGGAUGUUAUUGUACGUCAACAAUAUGAAGUGCGUGAUUGCAAUACACGAUUUAGCGGUUUGACGAUUGAUCAAAUUGAAGGAGCGGAAUUUAAUUUGGAACAGACUCAGAAGCGAUUCUUCGAACUGGUGAAUUCAGAGACAAUUCUGAUUGGACACAGUCUUGAAAGUGACCUAAAAGCAAUGCGUCUGGUUCAUCAUCGAGUAGUGGACACAUCGGUUGUGUUUCCACAUAGGUUAGGACCACCCUACAAACGUGCUUUGAAAACGAUUGCUUCGGAAAUACUGCAACUUAUCAUUCAGGAAGAUAUUGAUGGACAUGAUUCAAAAGAGGAUGCAAGCACUUGUAUGCGAUUAAUGUUGUACAAAGUUAUGCAUAAUUAGCAAUUUUUAUUGUGCGUGUUUUCCGCUCCAACAUAAAUAUUAGCCUUUUUUGAAACGGGUUUGUUUUUAAAAGCUUAAAUCUUGCAUUUUGUCCAUUAACUUACGACUCAUUUAAAUAAAUGAUGCAUUUCAGU